AAAAAUAAGGACGGCGCUAGAGAUUUUUUUUUUAAAGCCCGGAGCUUACUUUCACUUUAAACGUGACUUCCGCUUCCGGUUAUAUAAAGUAACGCGCGGCCUUUAAUCCUGAACAGAAAACUGCCCUCUUUAGGGAUCGAACUCGAAAACGACAAUGCUUGGCACCGGUUCAACUUUGUUUGGCAGUGGCCAGACUGCAGCAGCUCCUCCCGCAGGGGCACCCACAUUUGGCAGUGGGUUAACAGCAGACAAUAAACCAGCAGCAGGUUUUACAUUUGGGACUGCACCAGCUGGGACCGGUGCUUCACUUCAAGGAGGGGCAGUACCCAGAGCUUUCGUAUUUAGCCCCAGCACCACCGCAGCCAGUACCAGUGCCCCUGCAGUCGCUUCCAAUCCGGGGUCAUUCAGCUUUAACCCUUCUAGUGUGUCAGCAGCACAGCCAACCUUUGGGGCCACGCCAAGUAGUAGCUUCAGUUUCUCAUUAGCGACAGGGGCACCAACGGCCCCUACAACUACCCCUGCAGCUGCCACCGGUUUGGCUACCCCAAUCCCCGCUGCCCUCCCUGUUAUUACCACAGCUGAUCCUGGGGCCGCUUUCAGUUUUACGCCCCAAGCCACCAGCACCACCACAGCACCAACAAGCAAGCCCUCUUUCAUAUUUUCAACAGCAGGGGCAGCUACCACUUCUGCCCCUGGUAUUCCCUCUGUUAGCACAGGGCUGGCUCCCCCCGCUUCCACCACAUCUUCCGGAUUCGCCUUGGGCUCUGGCGUUGCCCCGACAACAACAGGAAGCUUCCUCAGUACAGCUCCGAGAACAGCAGUAGCGGCUGCAGCAGCAGCAACAACAACAACAGCAGUUGUUGCACCAACCAUUUCAGCCGUGGCAGUUCCUGGCGGCGAGAGUCAGAUGAAUUUCCGUCAGCUGGAGGAACAGAUCAACAAAUGGAUGCUGGAGUUGGAGGAACAGGAGAAGGCUUUCCUCCAGCAGGCGACUCAGGUCAACGCCUGGGACAAGCUGCUUUUGAACAAUGGAGAUAAGAUACACCAGCUAAACCACGAUUUAGACAGGGUCAAAGUUGACCAACAGAGGCUGGACAAUGAACUGGACUUCAUUCACUCACAACAGAAGGAACUGGAGGACCUCCUGACCCCACUUGAGGCCUCGGUGGAACAGCUCCCACCUCUCAGUUACCAACACCAUGCUGACAUAGAACGGGAACACACCUACCAAUUGGCCGAAAGUAUAGACGGUCAGCUAAAGAGAAUGGUGCUUGAUUUGAAGGAGAUCAUCGACCAUCUGAAUACGACCAACACCAGUGAAGAGAAUACAGAUCCUGUUCACCAAAUCACGAAAAUCCUGAAUGCUCAUAUGGACUCUCUACGGUGGAUUGACCAAAAUGCUGGACUGCUCAACCGCCGUGUGGAGGACAUCUCCAAGCAGAUGGAACUCCAGAGGAAGGAGCAAGAAAGGAACUACAGACUGGUCUUUAACUGAACGACCCCAUCAAACAUUGCAGGGCGAUUGGAGGGACAUGCCCUGUUGUUUUUCUCACACCUCCAUCCAUCUAUCCAUCCAUUCCGAACAUCAAUACUAUCCAUUUUGACAAAAUCCCAUCCAGCAAUGGAACAUUACACACAUCUAGUUACUGCUUCCCGGAGCAGUUCCUACCCCCUAAAACAUACAGACAUACAGAAUAUCUAUAUGGAAAUGUGGUGGGAGAACUGAGCCCAAUGAAGCCCCACUCCCUACAUUACACAGACCUACAAAAUAAUCAUCUGGGAAUGAGAGGGGACAGUGUUCAGGGUAGUCCUUACCCCCUACAACACAUAUAUACUUAAAGACUAACCAUCUGGGAAUGAGUCGGGUGGGGGACAAAGCCCAAUGCAGUCCCUGUCCCCUACAACAUACAGAAUAACCAUAUGGAAAUGUAGAAGGACCUGAGCCCAAAGAAGCUCCUACUCCCUACAUUACACAGGAUAACCAUCUGGGAAUGAAGGGGUGGGUACACUGCCAGAGCAGUCACACCCCCUACAACACGCAUACAUACAGAAUAAUCAUCAAGGAGUGAUGGGGACACUGCCCAGAGAGUCCCUGUCCCCUACAACACAUAUACACACAGAAUGCCCAAAAUAGUCUUCCUCCCUCCUUCUACAAUACAUAUACAUACAGAAUAACCCUCUGGUAAUGAAGGUGGACAUGGCCCAAACAGCCCCUACUCCCUACAGCUCAUAUACAUACAAACUAACCUUCAUGGGAUGAGGUGGAACAGAACCCAGAGUAGUCCCUACCCCUUACAACACACAUAGAUACUGAUUAACCAUCUGGGAGUGAAGGGGAACACUGCCCAGAGCAGUCCCACCCCCUAGAACACACACAGAAUAAUCAUCGGGGAAUAAGGGGGUAACAGAGCCCAGAGCAGUCCCUACCCCCUACUACACAUAUACAUACAAAAUAACCUGAGAAUGAAGUGGGGAGCCCAGAGCCCUAUCCCCUACAACUCAUAUAUAUACAGACUAACUCUCUGGGAAUGAACAGGGCAUAGGGACCUGAGCAGUCUGCCCUCUACAACAGAUAUACACACAAAAUAACCACCAGAGAAUUAGGUGGGGACAAUGUCCAGAACAGUCCAUAUUUUGGGGGCUGAUUGAUAACCCAGACCAGUCACUGCCUUGUCCUAGAAUACAGACUUACAGAUUGACCCUUAUCUCCUUCUUCUUUGACUGAAAGAGAAGCACCUUAAGUUGUAUUUUGGGGGCAAUUUUUUUUCCUUUUGGUGGGGGGGGAGGGUUUUUUUAAAAAUAAAAAAUAAAAGAAUUGUUAAAGUU